AGGGUGAAUGUGGUCUACUUUCUUGCAAAAAUCACCCUUUGGAAGACAACCCUCAUGCUUUCAAGCGUCCUCUGCCUGCGCGUGUCCGUGCGCGUAAAACGUUUGCGUGCGCGCGCAAACGGCGGUGUCUGAAAUGUGGACAGAUAAGACCGGUUAACAAAAUACAGAUCAGAGUCUAAAUAAACAAGCCGACCUGAUGAACAGACUGCUAAUCAAACAGACAGAGCGAACACGGCGCGCGCGCGCGCACACACACACGCACACACUUUACCACACACUCACACUUGAGUAGGACACCGGGGCAGAGAGCGUUCCGCCGAUCAUCUCCCUCCCUCCAGCAGGCGGAUUGCCACUGACGACAGUCAGUCACACAGUGUUUGUGAGCGCGAGGCUGUGGAGAGACACUGCAUCAAGGAGAGAGAAGUGCGCGCUCGCAUCGGGCUCUGCGUGGGAGUUGCUCUCUCUCUCUCUCUCUCUCUCUCUCUCCAUCUCUCUCUCUCUCUCCAUACCUGCCAUUUGCGUCCCUUUCUUUCUUCUCCACACACUCAUACUCGGGCGAGUUUGGGCGCACAGGAAGUCCCAUUACCGAGGGAGGAUCGAGUUAUAUGUGUGUGUGCGCGUGUAUGUGUGUGUGUGUGUGUGUGGGUUGCCUAUUUUAACUAGCCUACAGCUGUCAUCUUAGCCACGGUCCUGCCGUUGUGGAGAAAGUCAUUGGAAAUCUGUAAGAAAACGGCUGCUUGUUUUUCUCUUUCCUCCUCCAUCAGCUUCUAUUCUGGGGCUUUUUUUAUUAUUGAUUUUUUUAAAGCUGUCUUUGACGGCGAUGGACUUGAGAUAGUGCGUCUCAAUCUGAGCGUUGGUGGCUGUUGGGAGUUGCCGUCGGGGAGAAAUGCGAAAGGAUGCUUGGAAGCAGUGAAGGCUACAGCAGGUAACCAAUAAGAUGGCGGCCGGGGAAGCGACUGGGCACAGCUACCUGGUGGCUUGCUGGCAGCCCAUUCUGAUCCUGAUGCUAGGCACCGUGCUGUCUGGCUCUACGACAGGCUGUCCAUCCCGCUGUGAGUGCAAUGUUCAAGAGCGCUCUGUGAUGUGCCACCGCAAGAAGCUCAUGACAGUUCCUGAAGGCAUUCCUGCAGAAACAAAACUGCUGGACCUCAGCAAGAACCGCAUUAGAACCAUCAACCCAGAUGAGUUUGCCAACUUUGCCAACCUCGAACACCUGGAGCUCAGUGAAAACACAAUCUCCACUAUUGAACCUGGAGCUUUCAACAACCUUUAUGGCUUGCGGACAUUGGGGUUGCGUAGCAACAAACUUAAGCUGAUCCAGCUCGGUGUCUUCACAGGCCUGAGCAAUCUCACACAGUUGGACAUAAGUGAGAACAAGAUUGUCAUCCUGUUGGACUACAUGUUCCAGGAUUUGUAUAACCUCCGGUCUUUGGAGGUGGGUGAUAACGACCUGGUUUUCAUCUCCCACCGGGCUUUUCAUGGCCUAAGUAGCCUUGAGCACCUGAGUCUUGAGAAGUGCAACUUGUCCUCUGUGCCAACAGAGGCUUUUACCCACCUCCACAGUUUGAUUACCCUCAGGCUACGCCUCCUCAAUAUCAACGUCAUAAAGGAUUACUCCUUUAAACGACUCUACCGUCUAAAAGUGUUGGAAAUAGCCAAUUGGCCAUAUUUGGAUACGAUGACCCCAAAUUGCUUGUAUGGAUUAAAUCUCACCUCCCUGACCAUUGCAAAUGCCAACCUGACCACGAUUCCUUAUGUAGCCCUGAGGCACUUGGUUUAUUUGCGCUUUCUUAAUCUUUCAUAUAACCCUAUCCAUACCAUUGAGGGGAAUAAGCUCCAUGAUCUUCUUCGUCUGCAGGAAUUUCACCUGGUAGGUGGCAGACUGGCAAUGAUUGAGCCCUACUCUUUCCGUGGUCUAAACUACCUGAAGAUCCUAAACGUGUCUGGAAACUCUCUUAGCACUUUAGAGGAGUCUGCUUUCCAUUCAGUUGGCAACCUGGAAACCCUUGCCUUGUAUGAUAAUCCCCUGGCCUGUGAUUGCCGACUGUUAUGGGUUUUCCGACGACGCUGGAGACUUAACUUCAACAGGCAGCAGCCUACCUGUGCCUCCCCUGAGUUUGUCCAAGGCAAAGAAUUCAAAGACUUCCCAGAUGUUUUGCAGCCUAACUACUUCACAUGUCGCAAAUCUAGGAUUAGGGAUCGCAAACCCCAGCAGAAAUUUGUUGACGAGGGAGCCAUUGUUCAUUUUGCUUGCCAAGCUGAUGGAGAUCCUGCUCCGGUGAUAAUGUGGCUAUCCCCACAGAAAAAGUUUAUCACGACCAAGACAAUUGGACGGCUCUCCGUGUUGCCAGACGGUACCCUUGAGGUGCGCUAUGCUCAGAUUCAGGACAAUGGUACAUAUGUGUGUAUAGCUAGCAAUGCAGGCGGAAACGAUACCUCUCUUGCUCACCUGCACAUCCAUAGCUACUCGCCUGACUGGCCACACCAGCCCAACAAGACUUUUGCCUUCAUCUCCAACCAACCUACAGAAACUGGUGCUAACGGUACACGAGCCAAUGUUCCUUUCCCCUUUGACAUAAAGACAUUGAUCAUUGCGACCACAAUGGGCUUCAUCUCAUUUCUCGGUGUCGUCUUGUUUUGCCUGGUACUGCUCUUCCUUUGGAGCAGAGGUAAGGGCAACACUAAGCACAACAUUGAGAUUGAGUACGUGCCACGGAAAUCGGACGCUGGCAUGAGCAGCAGCACAGUGGAUGCUCCUCGCAAGUUUAAUAUGAAAAUGAUUUAACAGGGCUGUGGAAUUUAUUCAGUUUGAACUCAAAAAUAAGACAAAUGGAAAAGAAGACAUUUUCUUUCCUCUCUUUCAAACCUGUGGAUCCUGGUCUGUUAACAUAGAGCUCUGUUUUUUUCCUGACUGAAGUACAAGAGAGGAGGGCAGUUCCUGACUUUCACAAGUGAGAGGGAAUGAAAGCACACCCAGUGCUACAGUGCAUUGGUGGUUUCUACAAGGCCCGUGGGGGCAUUCACUGAAAGUCGGAUUUGUCAUAAGCAGUUCAUAUUCCUGUGGAUUUAUACUGGGAAAAAUAUAUCAGAAAAGAAAAACAUUUUAAACAGCCAGAAUGCAAAGGGCAGAUCAUAUUUUGGCCAUCGCUGUUUUUUGUCUGUAUUUUUUUAUUUAGUGUUUGUUUUUGUUGUUUUGUUUCCAAGGCUAGAUGUCAAGUCAUGAAUGAGAUGUAUAUGGGUUGAUGAGCACAUUUAUACAACAUUGAUGCAUUUCAAAUACGUCAUCUUUACAAUACAUCAGUGUUACGUUUGUGAAUGCUCUGUGCUACAUAUGGUCUCUUUUCUUACCAACAGUGAUUGUUCUGUAAUCCUUCAAGUGUAUCAUCGAAUAAAAAUUGUUGAAAAAGUAUGCCCCAGCAAUUAGCAGAAAUACACUACAUGGUAUGACACAAUUCUAUUAUGGGAAAUACAAAUUGUGAUGUACUAUAUAUUACUAUAUUAGAAACCUAGAAAGUAGUGGGUGGUACUGCAAAACAACUAAUAAGUUAUCUGAAAAGACAUAGAUUCAGUGAUGCGUCAGUGCAACCUUUCCUACUGAUACCAAUUCUCAGUACUGCACCAUACAAAUCUUUCAAACAGUACAUAAGAAUAAUUGCGUUUUUAGAAAGAUAAAUAGAGCUCUAUUUAGAAAAUGCUGUUGUUUAAUGUGGCUCUUGGUAGAGGAUUUUAGCAUUGGGGAAAUGGUCUAAUAGAACCUUUUGAGUCUGGUAUCUGAUAUCAGUAUCAGUGUCACUCAUCUCUAAUUUUCAGAUGUAACCCAGACUACUCACACAUGGAUUGAGGGCAUGAUACAGAAGAGAAUGUGAGAUACCGGGGGUAUGAUGCUCUGUACUAACAGUAGAUGCAGCAUCCAGCCUACAGAUUUGUGAUAAAAAAAAAUGGUUGAUAUUGGUACGUUGAUAUUAUAAGUGCUUAUCCCUGACUUUUUAAAAAUUACAUUUCAAAAACUAAUAUGUAAUGGUAUUAUUUGUGCUCAACAAUAUUGUGGGGAAUACAGGUUGUGGUGCUCAUGUUUUUGGAUACAAUGUGCUCCUCAAGCUGUAGAAUAUUUCUUUCAUAGUUGGUUUUUCUUGGUUGUUUUUAUGAAAUCAAAAAUUUAUUUAUGCCAAUGCUCCCCCCAUUAAAGCCAUGGGAAAUAUUACCUUCCAGGAUCAUUUACAGGUUUGCUAUUCCCCAGAAAUGUGCAAUGUUUGUCAGGGGAAAAAGAACUGUGCAUAUUAUGCUCCCAGUUGGCUCUGCAUAUAAAAUCUGAGGUUACAGCCUUACCUCUUCAAGUACACACUGUGGACAGCUGGGCUUUGCAAACGUGUGUGAGGAUAAAGGCUAAGUUAUUUAUGAUGGAUGACAUUACAGACAACAACACAGUAAUGGGCUGGAAGUAUGGACAGAAUAUGCAGAUGGAUGGAGUGACACAGAUGUUUCACCCAUGGAGCAAUCUGAAGCAGCUUUGGUGUAAUCUGUUUUGCAUAAAGGAAAAAAAAACACUG